CGGCACCGGCCGUAGGUCCAGGAAGCGCUGGUGACGGGGGACCGGAGGUUGUCCUUGGCAGGUUUUCCUCGGCGCUUCUCCAUGGAGGAGGCGGUACGCACGGCUGCACCCCCGAAUGCUCGCACCUGUCACUGGACGGCGACGAAAGCGGUGGCCGCGCGAGCGCAGGACUGGGCGGCCUGUGUGGGGGUGUGAGCCGCGGCGCCCCGGGCAGCAGCGCGGCCGGCCUGCGGACCAGGGCUGGAGCUACUCGGCCAGGGUUUAAGACUUUAAAUGGGAAUAAAGGGUAGUAUUUACGAGGAAAUGAGAGUGAAUAAGUCAUCUCUAACCUCUUCCAGCCUUUUUUUCAUAAGAGAGACCAUAUUAAACUUACAUAUUUGAAGACUGCUUCAUUCUGCCUCCAUUACCAGUGGUUUCUCUGUUCUGUGAUCAAUGUGAUUCACAGGAACUUCUUAAGUAACAAACGAAAUGAGCCAGGGGCGUGGAAAAUAUGACUUCUAUAUUGGUCUGGGAUUGGCUAUGAGCUCCAGCAUUUUCAUUGGAGGAAGUUUCAUUUUGAAAAAAAAAGGGCUUCUUCGACUUGCCAGGAAAGGCUCUAUGAGAGCAGGACAAGGUGGCCAUGCAUAUCUUAAGGAAUGGUUGUGGUGGGCCGGACUGCUGUCGAUGGGAGCUGGUGAGGUGGCCAACUUUGCUGCUUAUGCGUUUGCACCAGCCACACUAGUGACUCCAUUAGGUGCUCUCAGCGUUCUAGUAAGUGCCAUUCUUUCUUCAUACUUUCUAAAUGAAAGACUUAAUCUUCAUGGGAAAAUUGGGUGUUUGCUAAGUAUUCUAGGAUCUACGGUUAUGGUCAUUCACGCUCCAAAAGAAGAGGAGAUCGAGACUCUAAAUGAAAUGUCUCACAAGCUAGGUGAUCCAGGUUUUGUGGUCUUUGCAACCCUUGUGGUCAUUGUGGCCUUGAUACUAAUCUUUGUGGUGGGCCCUCGCCACGGACAGACAAACAUCCUUGUGUACAUCACAGUCUGCUCUGUGAUCGGCGCGCUUUCCGUCUCCUGUGUGAAGGGCCUGGGCAUCGCCAUCAAGGAGCUGUUUGCCGGAAAGCCUGUUCUGCGGCACCCCCUGGCCUGGGUGCUGCUGCUGAGCCUCCUCGUCUGUGUGAGCACACAGAUUAAUUACCUAAAUCGGGCCCUGGAUAUAUUCAACACUUCUAUCGUGACUCCAAUCUAUUAUGUAUUCUUUACAACAUCUGUUUUAACUUGUUCAGCUAUUCUUUUUAAGGAGUGGCAGGAUAUGCCUGUUGAUGAUGUCAUUGGUACUUUGAGUGGCUUCUUUACAAUCAUUGUGGGGAUAUUCCUGUUGCAUGCCUUUAAAGACGUCAGCUUUAGUCUAGCAAGUCUGCCUGUGUCUUUUCGAAAAGACGAGAAAGCAGUGAAUGGCAAUCUCUCUAAUAUGUACGAAGUUCUUAAUAAUAAUGAAGAAAGCUUAACCUGUGGAAUCGAACAACACACUGGUGACAGUAUCUCCCGAAGAAAUGGAAAUCUGACAGCUUUUUAAGAAAAAUGUAAUUAAAGGUUAAUAUGUGAUUAUGAAGUGAAUUUGAAUAUCAGAAUGUGUCUGAAAAAGCAUUGUCCUCAAAUAUUGUUCUUUAAAGGCAAUCUUUUUAAAAACUUCACUCAUUUGGAUCACGAAAUUACUUUUUUCUUCUAUUUAAACAAUGGUAGCUCACUAAAAUGACCUCAGCACAUGACGAUUUCUAUUAACAUCAUAUUGUUGUAGAAGUAUUUUACAUUUUCAUCCCUUCUCCAAAAUCUGAAUGCACUAAUGACAGUUUUAAGUCUAUAAAAAUGUUUUAUUUUUCCAUUGGUGAUGAAAGUCUGAAAUGUGCAUUUGUCAUCCCCAUUCCAUCAAGCUUUUUUAUUUUAAAAAAGAACACAGUUAUCCCAAUACAUUAUCCUAUGAUUUACCUUACCUAUAAAAGUGGCUCCUGUUUGAUGAUUGGUUUUAUUUUUGAAAUAUUAAGGGAAAACUAAGUUAGUGAAUGAAGGAAAUUCUUACAAGACAAAAAAAAGGGCGGAAAUCACCACAAGGAACUAUUUCUCAGGUUGUGAUCUCUCACCGUGAAUCCGGCUUCCUGUGUGCAUUCGAUGGCCGCCUUAGCACCUCAUCAGACCAGCGCCUCCUGCCUGUUGUUGCAACCUGGCCGGGUUUAUUCUUCAGUUGCCCGAAUCCCAUGCUGCCUGGAACCUUGAUGAUUACCGUUUUACAUCAGCUCUUGUACUUUUUAGUAUAUUUUCAUAAUGAGUUAUACUGUCAUUUAGACUUGGAACAGCUCUCAGAAAUAGAAGACUAGGGUUAUCUCUUAUAUUUAGCUCAUGUUACAAUAAAAAGUUGAAA